CUCUGAUUGGCACCCUGCUGCUCGUACCGCUGGCUGCACCACCACCAUGCAAACACACACAAAGCAGCUUGUGUUUCGGAUUCCUUCGUCGAUCAUUGCAAUUUCAUGAAAUAUGCGAGUCUCCACAAAGCUAUGAGAAGGUGUGAGCAGGUGUAAGAGAAGAGAAAACACACGACGCCCGGCUGGAUCGAGCUGUUCACCUCACUGAUCUGUACAAAGAUGCCGGAGGUUCGGGACCUUUCUGAAGCUCUGCCAGAGAUGCCCAUGGACCCCAUCACCGGAGUGGGAGUAGUGGCCUCCAGGAACAGGGCUCCCACCGGAUAUGAUGUGGUGUCGACGACAACAGACGGUUUGGAUGCCGACCUUUGGAAAGACGGCCUCUUCAAAUCCAAAGUGACCCGCUAUCUCUGCUUCACGCGGGUCUUCUCUAAAGAAAACAGCCAUUUAGGUAACGUCCUUGUUGACAUGAAGCUGAUCGAUAUAAAGGACACUCUGCCCGUCGGGUUCAUCCCCAUCCAGGAGACCGUCGACACACAGGAGCAGGCGUUCAGGAAGAGGCGACUCUGCAUCAAGUUUAUUCCUCGGGACUCCACAGAAGCCGCCAUCUGUGACAUCCGCAUUCUGGGACGCUCCAAACAGGCCCCCCCUCAGUACACCUUCAUAGGGGAGCUGAACAACAUGGGGAUCUGGUACCGGAUGGGGAAUGUUCCUCGGGCUCAGGACUCCUCACACACCCCCACCUCCAACAACAUCCAGAACGUGAACUCAACCUCCAGCUCCAACCCGGUCCCCGCUGCUCCCAUGCCCAAGCACAUCUCCAUGACGCUCCCCGCCAGCUUCAGAGGGAAGAACACCACCAGACCGGACUACGAGCACCAGAACUCCAACCUGUACGCCAUCUCAGCGAUGGACGGAGUUCCUUUCAUGAUCUCUGAGAAGUUUGCCUGUGCCUCGUCCGAUCUGCAGCAGAUCGACCUGAUGGGAAUCACCAUCAAGUCUCUGGCUGAGAUCGAGAAAGAGUAUGACUACAGUUUCCGAACAGAACACAGUGCAGCCGCUCGCCUCCCCCCAAGUCCAACACGGACCUCCCUGAGCUCCGAGGCCUGAGGACGCCCCCCGACCCCCUCCACCCAUACCGUCAUCAUGCUCCUGCAAGGACCCACAGGAGACACCUGUACACAACUACUGAGGACAUACAUAUAUACUGAGAAUACAAAAACAAGAGGAAUCUGGAAUAAACCACUAUACACAUCAGCUGGAUUUAAAAAGGAGGCGGAGCCUAACAGGUUUCAAGACUCGGAUAUAUCUCCGUCAUGAGAUUUUAAACACUUUUUCUUUCUGUGAGGAUUCAUCGUGUUCCCUUUCCCCUCUGAAGGACUUGUUUCAGACCAGGAGAGGAUUAAAACAGGAGGAGGACAUGUUUCAGGGCCGUGCUCUCUGAAACUUUACGAGAGGCGCCGUCAAGUCCGCCUCCUCUUGUUCAGACUCCUGCAGCUCCACGGCGGAUCCUGAACGAGGAAUAUUAAAAAAAAAAGAGAGAAACUGGUUGGUUUCUUCUCCUCCUGAUGGGAACCACUCUGUUGAUCUUUUGAUGUUACUGUAAAAUAAUGUACGUGUGACUGUGAGUGCACUUUGUGUUUGGACUUUCAGUGUGUGUUAACCACUUGUGUGCUGCACGUCUGCGGACAUGAGCCGCAGCUUCACUGUUACUGUGUAAAGGCUUCUGCAGCGGGACGCCGCUCUCUCCCGCUGCACGUCACGAGCCACUAACCUGUUCCUCUCUGAGUUUAAUCGACCUUGUGUGUGCUUUGUAAGAGCCGGGCGCCAUUUUAUUCUCUUUUUUUUUGUGAUUCCUAAUAACACUCGUCUCAUUUUUAAUAUGAACAUAUAUUGUGUUUACGGUUAAACACUCCAGCUGCACGUGUUCAAGUGCUCGCCGCUCUGUCGAAGCGAUCACAUUUUAAGUUGUUUUUUAUAUCACUCCUCCAAUAAUCAGACUGUCUGUGUGCGACUUAUAUCAGACCGCCUUCUGCGAGUUUCCAGUGUUAAAAAUCAACUUCCAGGCAGUUUGAUUCUUUUACCGCCGUUACUCUUUUAUUUGCUGGUUAUUCAUCUUCAAGCCGCCUCCAUGUUUACCUGUGAAGAUCUUUUUUAUUAUUGAGUCUCAUCAGACGUUAAGUUCUCAUCACUCUCACUUCUCUGCUGCUCUUUUAUAACCUCAACGUUUUUACACUCAUGUUUUUUUAUUUCUUCCUGCUUUGUUUUAGUUUUUCUAUCACCUGUUAAGAUGAUGUUGUGACUCCCAAGUUUCCACAAAGUCUGCACGCUGAGGUCCGUCAGCGCCGUGCAUUAAGCCGCCGUCCACUGCCACUCUAGUCGAUGCUCCAGUUUCCACGGCGAGCGCCGCGGUCCACUGCUACUCUGCUCCGUUUCAAAUACGCUGCGAGUCUAUUUUUUAUGGAGCUCGCUGCAGGCAUGCGUCCAGCUGGACAGAAUAUAUCGACCCGGACCGGAAGUCAGACAAGGAAAUUUCAAAAUAAAACACUACAUUCAGACACACGAUCGUAUUUUUCACAUACAGGAAUGUAUGUGAAAAAUACAUUCCCCCCCCCCCCCGUAGCUUCAAACCACAAACGCCUUCUCUGAGAUGUCUCUCUUGUUUACGUCUCUCGAAUCAGAAUAAUGAGUUUAACUCUGAGUUCUUUGGUUUAGAAGAUUGAACACCGUUUGUAUUUCACUGUUUUUGUUUCUGGAGCCAGAUGUUCAAAAAGUUUUUUUCACUUUAUUUUCUUCAAAUGUUUCUGAAACUUUAUCACGUCACAGCUAGGGAUGGGGAUCAAACCCGGUUCCAUGAGGACCUGUGUCCGCUUAUUUCAAACCCUGAAAAUCCAUCUCCUAUGAGCUCAUCGAUACAGCUGUCAAGUCGCAUCGCGUCAUGAGUCAACUGGACGAGCCUCGGGACCAAGCUGCAACAUUGGUCGUCCUCCAUCUUUGUUUUUCUUCUGAACUCACGUUUUAUCACGUGUGUUUCUGUGAGAUCUUGUGUCUGUGGAAUUACAAUGUUAGAAAACGGUCCUCGUGUCUCUGGUCUCUGAGAACCGUCUCGUCUUUCCCCGUGAUAAUAUCGAUGGUUGUGUCGGUAAAGACUCAGGUCGUUCAGGAGUUAAGGGUCUUUAUCUUUAAUGAUCCCCAUCCCUGUCACACCUGCAUGGAUCAACUUGUGUUGAAUAUUUUUGUUUGUCUAAUUUAUUAGUCAUGUCAGUAUUGUGCGAUGUUGCUUUCAGCUGUGUAACCUGUAGAAUCGUCCCUCUGCACUGCCGCCAUGUUGGACACGUGACGCUCCGAGCUGAGCUGCACCACACGUAUCGUUUCUUAGCCGCUCACUAAUCCGGCGUCUGCAUUAACCACAGUUAACAGUCUUAUUAGUUUGCAUGCAGGAUGUCCGAGGUUUGAACAGAAAUAUCAAAUGUAUUCUGAGAAGAACAAAAAAAAAAACACGAGCGUAGAGUUUGUAUUCUGAGGAAGUUUUUAUUAAAGGAUGAUGGUUGAAGAGUUUGA